ACGCUCCGCUGAUAGCGUAAAAACAUCAGCCACAACAAGUGACAACCGCAAAACAACCAACAAAAAACCUUCACGUGAAGCCGCCCGCCCCACGCCGACGCCCCCACCCUUCACGCGGGGGGAUAAUCGUUGUACGUUUCGGACGUGACAAAAAACAACCCCCGGGAGCCGAGUCCCGGUCGUCUGGAUAUUUAAAUCACAGAGCAGGUCUCCCUCCUUCUCCUUCCUGUGACAGAUGUGGAGGCCAGAGAUCCGCCUGUCCAACAACUGUUAGAGGGCGACGGGCUGAGGACCGGUGGGGAGAGGAGUGCCGGUUAGCUCUGCCGGGUGCCGUCUCAUGAGAGUGACCGUGCCAUCCAGGCACUGCCAGUGACCAGGGCUGUGGCUGCGGUGGGCCCGGCCCAGGAGGCCUUUUUGUACAUCACUCCGGGCUCCCGCUGACCUGUGCUGCUCACGCCAUGGAUCAACCGAGGGAUAAAUACGGCGAGCGGCCCGCCAGGACCACGAAAGUUUCCCAGGGCAGCCGCAGCGGACACUCCUCCCGACCGUCCGGCUCCUCCGGCUCCUCCGGGGUUCUCAUGGUGGGGCCGAACUUCCGCGUGGGCAAGAAGAUCGGCUGUGGAAACUUUGGUGAAUUGAAGCUCGGUAAAAAUCUCUACACCAACGAGUAUGUAGCUAUUAAACUGGAACCAGUGAAGUCGAGGGCACCGCAGUUGCAUUUAGAGUACCGGUUCUACAAGACACUGGGAACCACAGCUGAAGGCGUCCCCCAGGUGUUUUACUUUGGGCCCUGUGGGAAAUACAAUGCCAUGGUUCUGGAGCUGCUGGGCCCGAGUCUAGAGGACCUCUUUGACCUUUGUGACCGGACCUUUUCACUGAAGACUGUCUUGAUGAUAGCUAUUCAGCUGAUUUCGCGAUUGGAGUUUGUGCACUCUAAAAACCUCAUCUACAGAGACGUGAAACCGGAAAACUUUCUCAUCGGACGGCAAGGAAAUAAAAAGGAACCCAUCAUACACAUCAUCGACUUUGGUCUGGCCAAAGAGUACAUCGACCCCGAGACCAAAAAACACAUUCCAUACAGGGAGCAUAAGAGCUUGACGGGCACUGCCCGAUAUAUGUCCAUUAAUACACAUUUAGGAAAAGAGCAAAGCCGGCGAGAUGACCUGGAGGCCUUAGGCCACAUGCUCAUGUAUUUCCUUCGUGGGAGUCUACCAUGGCAAGGUCUAAAGGCCGACACGUUGAAGGAACGAUACCAGAAGAUCGGAGACACGAAACGAAACACUCCCAUCGAGGUCCUUUGUGAGAACUUCCCAGAGGAGAUGGCCACCUACCUGCGAUAUGUGAGACGGUUGGACUUCUUUGAAAAGCCAGACUACGAAUAUCUGCGGACUCUGUUCACUGAACUGUUUGAGCGAAAAGGAUACACCUUCGACUACAUUUACGACUGGGUUGGCCGGCAGAUACCCACGCCAGUGGGGUCUGUCCACAUAGACUCUGCAGCGUCUGCUGUGACGAGAGAGAGCCAUCCUCACAGAGACCGCCCCUCACAGCACCCACCAAUCAGAAAUCAGACAGCGGUCUCAGAUCGACGAGGAGCAUGGGAGGUGCCGCCCACACGCCAAGCAAACUCCUCCUAUCUGACCUCCCAACUGGCAGCGGACAGGCACGGGGGCUCAGUGCAGGUGGUCAGCUCGACCAACGGGGAGCUGAACGCAGACGAUCCGCUGGCCGUUCAUUCCAACGCUCCCAUUACCGCUCAGGCAGAGGUGGAAGUGGUCGACGAGGCCAACUGCGUGAAAAUGCUCAACUUGUGGUGCUGCUGCUUCUUCAAGCGAAAACGGAAGAAGAACACGCCGAGGCACAAAUGAUCGUCCGCCACCGGCCUGCAGUCGAUUGUGAUUUCAGAAAUCAAUAAGGUCCCUUUUCAGAAUAAAUUCGGGAGAUUCUUGAUUGAAUUGCUCUCUGGAGGGAAACAUGGUUUGUUGAGAUGUACAAGACGCUUGUGUCUUUUGACGGGAGUAAUUUUUCUUUCUUUUUUCGCACGCCAGUCGUCCGAAUCGGCAACAAUUUUUUUGGGGCGGGGGGGGGGGAAUUUGCAGAGGAUAAUCCUUUUUUUGUUUUUCCUCCCCCAAGACACACACCGCAUCUGUAUUUCAAUUUAUUUUCCACUGGUUUUUGGCUUUUCUUCUUUUUUUCUGUGGUGUUGCAAAAGGAAGAGACGGAUCUUCCUGUGGAAUCUCGCCACCGCCGGCCUGUUGCAUACUAUGAUUUCUUUGUUUGACUCUCAUGAAUCCUGUUUUGGGUUUUCCCCUCCUUGUCAAGUCCCCCCCUCCCCCGCCCUCGUGAAGUUUGCCCACUCAUUUGGACACAAUGCCCUUUUUUGGUCGUUCCUGGCGUGGGACUGAAUGUAAACGUGAACACGCGAGGAAGCCCGGAGUGUAACUGCCCGUCACCCGGCACAAAGACCAUCCGUCGGCCAUUUUUGGCCCCCUGCACUUUUCUUUCUUUUUUUUGUUCUUCCUCCAAAAAGGUCGGCCCUGGCACCGGGACCCGAGGAUGAUUUUCUGCACACGCCGCCCGGUUAAAGCGCUCCCCUUAACGGCGCCGCCGUCGGCCGACACACUACAGGCCCGUUUGACUCGCAUGCAGUUUCUCUCCCGUCGGCUUUGUGGCGACCGUUAACGUCUACGUGGGGCUGGGGAGGAAAAAAUAUAUAUUUAUGCUAUUUAUGUCUUGGUUGCCACCAGUUUUCUUACUUCUUCUAAAACAUACACACUGAAUGUAUGGACAGACGUGUCACUUACUGUGCAGCAUUUCUGUAAUCUGUCAUGCGCAUGGAAAUUGCAGUUUAGGAGUUAAGACCAAUGUUUAAAAAGAACGGGGGACACAAAAAGUGAGACCAAAACUAAGUGGAUUAAACGGUGGGAGGGUCUUAAAAGUUCUCGCUCUUAACGAUGUGACGGUUAUUUAAUGGACUCUUCACCAGUCGACACCGGGGGAUGUUGCUUUGGAGGGAUACUGGCGUGGUGUUGCUACUGUCCGAUGCCUUAACCCCCGACCCACCGACCAGUCGACCACCACACACACACACACACCACCAUCACCAGUUGGAUAAACAAGUUGGCAGCAUGAUGGUUGUCAGGUGUUUUUUGGGGGGUCACCUGUAUGAUACGGCCCUAACGUUGCAGACUGUUUCCCCAGCUCGUAUCGGAGCAGUUGAUGACUUUCCUCCCAGGAGAGGUUCGGUGUGCUCCAGUCGGUGGCGGGACGUCCCGGCCCCUGCGUCUCCAGUCUGAAGACCCCUGAUGCUGUUUGAAGUUUGGACGCCUCCGUUGAGCCCCCCCCCCCCCCCCAACCGGUCGCUCGCCUCGACGGCGCCGAGAAAGGAGCGAAGGCGGAUGAGUGAACGAUGUUCCUACCAUUUUUAUUUUGGAUUUAGUGUCAUGGAGGACUGCCUUGAAACAAUAUCCUCGAUAUGUCACCUUGCCUAUCCUCCUAACAGAGAAUUACCGUACAUAGGUGUUUUAUUUUUUUAUGUUCUAUCUUGCUAAUGUGAAUUUUUUGAAUGAAAUUAUUAUCAAUUGUGAGUUUUUUUGGUGGUUUUUUUUCAUUCCAAAUAGCCAUGGUUUUAUGGGGAAAGAGAGGGUAACAAACAAACAAAAGCUUGAGACCAUGACUGCACUACAUUGGUUGACCCCGGCUUUCCCUGAGGAGACCCUGCCUUCUUAAUACUGUACUUUAAUCGUGCUUAUUACUUUAAUUGUAGCUGCCUCGUGUGCUCGGCCUUCCCUAUCGGGUGCAGGGAAUACACUUUGAAUGGACUUAUCCCCUGCCUACCCCUUUUUCGUUUCGUGCCAUUAAGCCCUCCUUUUUCUCAACACACACACACACACACACUGGAGUUGACGCUUUGUGGACCUCCUCCAUCAUCUUUUAGAAUUACAAUGUGUUGGAUGUUGCAAACUCUCGAUUACUCCGUAUGUAAACCUGCUUGUUGCGUGUAUUUACACUGUAUAGCUUUCGGUUUAUUCUCAACCCCCCCCCCACACACACACACACACACACGUCAGUUGCUCCGGGGUCUUAAGUUAUUGUGUUAUUGAAAGUACUAGAAUAUUUUUUUUAAAUCAACGGGACCUUUUUUUGUUUUUGUUUGUUUGUUGGUUAUUAUCAUAGUCGUUCCACACAUAGGAUUGGAAGGGGCAUGAAUGGCGGGAGAGAACGAGCUAUUUGAAUGACACGUGUUCAUUUCUUUGAGACGUCUUAGUGCCUCUUAAGUAUGUCGGCCCCCCAUGGAGCCCCGUUGCUUGCUGGUGUUAAUGAGAGCAAGGUGCCGUUUAGUCGGCGACGAUGACGUUAGAAUCAUGUUUGGUGGUUGUUCUCUCUGUGAAAGGGUCCGGGUUGGUCACCGUCAUGUAUUUUUGGAUCGGUGUUCACCGAGUUGAAAGUAUUUCAUGUCUAGUGAGAUGGAUAUCCAGACUAUUUACCCCCCCUACACCCCCACCACCUCCACGAGUUCUCUGAGUGCCAUUCCCGAGACGACAACUAUACUACUACUAGCCCCUUGCCUUCCACCUGUGCCAGGACUAUGAAGUUGAAUGUGUUUCUGAGCAUCAUACUCCACCUUUGACAUGUUGACUGUCGUUUUUUUGGGGGGGGGGAGGGGACUCGCAAAAGCAGCGUGGCCCAAUUCAGUACCAGGAAAGUGUUUGUCAAGGGUCACAUCCGGUGGGUUUCUUUCUAUUAUUGUUGAAACCGACGCCAAUGUAUAUCGACCAGGUCUUAUUAUUCCAUCGUCUGAUUUUGUGGCCGGUUGUCUUUCGCAAAAACAAACAAAAAAACAUCUGCUUCUUCCUCUCUUUUUUUUCUUUUUUUUAAAAACUGCGGGUCGUCUGGCUGAAAUGGUAGAUAUGGAUAUAUUACUCUGACGUAUUUACUUUGUGCUCUCCGGGCCUCCUAUAGGAGGACUCUGUGUGGUUUCGUAUCUGCAUGGCUUCUCCGGAGACCACGUCUGUCGGGUCGGUGAGACGUGACGUCACGGCUUCCAGUCCUCGUGUAAGAAAUAAAUUUAAAUAUACGUCUUCUCCCAGCACAUUCCAGUAAAGUUGCCAUUGUCUCUGACGUGUGUUCGCGGCUUUGCGUUGCGUGUCAAAGCCGUGUCAAUGAAAGCAUGGCUUCGGUCUUUAUGGGUUCUCUGGCACUUUUUCCAUGUUGCUGUACUGUAGAAAUUGUCUUGGAUUUACUGUAUUGUUUUUCUUUGAGGGGGAGGUUUAGGGUGACAUUUACUGCAAUAUUGUGAUGAUUAUUUGUAAAUUGUACAGAGUUCACAAUUAUACUCUUUGUUCUUUCUGUUGGAAUUCCAUAUCAAAUAUGUAUUAUCUGAUAUUUUGGUUUUGUUUUCUCCUACAGCUCCAAGAGUUUAUCCUCCCCUCAGCAUUGGUUCUUUUCUGUCAGAGCUAUGAUUAAGAGAAAUCUUAAAACUGUAAAUAUAUAUUAUUGUGUUAAAAUAUGAAUGUCACUUCAAACAUGUAUUUGAAUGAGGUAGUCGAAGGACCCAAAUUUCUUCUUUUUAUGGUUUCAUAUUUUUUUAUUUACAGAAAGGUAAAGGUCCUUUUUUUUUUUUUAUCUGAAAUGCCUGGAUUUUUUUUUUUCCUCCUUGGAUAUAAUACAAUGUGUCACACACGAACCUUAGAAAAUCACUUUUUAUUCCCUCCACACCUAAAGGGAAACUCCAGUUUGCACCCUUUUUUAUGUAAAAUAAAAGAUCUCUCCACCUUG